CUUGUACGAUUUUUGUGAAUUUUGAUCAUCCACCAUCGUCUUCGUUUUCUUCUUUUCACUUCACUGUUCUUUUGCUUGAAUUUAAAAUAAAGAUAAGUCAACCCGAAACUAAUAGCUGCCACAAGCUCGUCGUCAGCCAUGUUUGACGAUCCGAAAUAUACUGGCCCGUUCGCCAAGCUUGAGGACAGUUGUUUGUGUUGGAUGUUUGUGUUUGGUGUUUGUUAUUCGCUGUUCGCUGUUUGGCGUUUGCGACAAACAGCAAGCGUGUGGAGCCGGCUUAAGAAAAUAGUAUAUUGGUAGCACUUAUUUAAGUUACUAAACAACUGUCAUUUUGUGUCAAUUGUCAAAGUUUGUUUUGAUAGUGAAUUUCCUUGCUGCUUUUAUUCAUUUUAGAGAGACUAUAAAGGUAUAUUCAAUCGCAAUAAAAUGGUGCAGCAGUGCUAUUUGUGUAAAAUUUAUAAACAUCAGGCUGGAGCGGAAUCUUUAAAAUUUCAUUCCCUUCCCAAGAACCCGGAAAGGAGAAAAAGGUGGCUGUCGGCCCUUGGAUUCGAGGAAAACCAUCAAUUUCCUAAGAGGGUGGAGCUAUGUUCCAAGCAUUUUGGAGAAAAUGCGUUUGUUUAUGGAAGUGAGGGACAAGUUGGACAAAAGACACUCUAGCGGGAUGCGAUUCCUCUCAUCUCUCAUUCUUUGUUUGAUCCUGCAUUCAGAAUCAUCUGUAAGUCCAGAGAAGCAAGAAGACUCGGAUUGUAUAUAUAUCUGCCAUUUCAAUCACUUGUUAUUCAUGGAUGAAGAGAUGUAUAACUUUCCUGGCUCAUCAAAUGAAGAGCAAUAUGUCCAUACUUCCUCAACAUUAUCAGCAUCAGAAAGUGAUAGUGCUGCUAAAACUGCUGGAGUACAAGAACAUAUGCUUGAUAAGAAAAAAAGAAAGAGGCUUUUGUAUCCUGCCCACUCAAUAGAGUUCACAAUUUUCUGA